AUGGCGUUACAAGGCUCUUUGUUUACCGCCAGUCGCACUCAGACACUAACCUAUCUACUUGCUGUGUGCCCCUUUUCCAUUGCUUUCUUGGUCUUUAUCAAUUCCUCUGUAUCAUUUGUUGUGACCGAUCUGAUAGGACUACAUGAAGGAGAGGGCAAUGCGGUGGGAACCCUGGGUUUUGCCGAUGAGCUACUUGCGCUGGCCGCUUGUCCCCUGUGGGGAGCUCUGUCGGAUCGCAUAGGUGUCCGCAAUGUCUGUGUCGCUGGGUAUGCUAUUGUGGCCCUGGCCCUGGCCCUGUUCGUUCAGGCCAAGAAUGUCUACCCCCAGCUGCUUCUGGGAAGACUGCUGUUCAGUGUAGGAGGCUCUGCAGUCUCGACCAUGGUGACGGCCGUUCUACCUGCAGUGACCGGAAAGGCCCGUGGACACGAAAUUCCAUCAUCCCGGGCUAACAAUGCGGUCGAAACUCAGAAUGAUCCCGCUCAUCCACCUUCCUCUCAAGGUGCCGGGUCAAAGGCUGAUAAAAGGUCACCGUCAUCCAGACUGGCUGGAUUUGUGGGGAUGUGUGCUGGAUGCGGCGCCCUGGUGUCUCUCGUGGCCUUCCUGCCGCUCCCAGCCCGUUUCCAAACCUGGGGGCUAUCUCCGCCUGAAGCAAUCCAGUAUAGCUACUAUCUAGUUGCGCUCGUGGCCCUGUUGGUGAGUGCUUGCUGUUGGAUCGGCUUGCGGAAUCUUCCCGGCGAGAAAGAUAAGACGUGGAGUUCGCUGUGGUCGCUACACUCGGAGGACUCGGAGACAACGUGCAGCGGCCCAUCCUGUCCCGUGUACAGCAAAUCACGACUCCCUUAUCUACGACAGCUCAAUGCAGCGAUUACAUUGGGCUUCCGCCAACGCGAUAUAUUCAUAGGCUAUCUUGGGGGAUUCGUGGCCCGAGCGUCGUCUGUGGGCAUUUCAUUAUUCGUCCCCCUUUUUGUUAACCAUUACUACCGAGCAUCCGGGCUUUGCGGCGGCAACGAUGACACCGGCCCUAGCGGGAUCAAGGAAUCGUGUCGCGAGGCCUACGUGUUGGCCUCAAUACUGACGGGCGUCUCGCAGCUAAUAGCGUUGAUCGCAGCGCCGGCGUUCGGGUUUUUGUCCGAGAAGUCAAGAUGGUAUCAUCUUCCUCUUCUUUUUGCCUGCCUCGCAGGUGUUAUCGGCUAUACGGCAUUCGGGUUGCUGCCCAGCCCGCAAUUUAAAGGUCCCGAUGGGAAUGCAGGCGUGUUCCUGGUGGUGGCCCUGCUCGGAAUCAGCCAGAUCGGUGCCAUUGUCUGCAGCUUGGCAGUUCUCAGUGGCGGCAUCCUGAAUGUUAGCGAUGAUUCUCGCAUUGAAGCCCAUGACUCAGGAAAUCCCCCGCAUGCGGAGACUGGCCGAGACCUUGACUCCGACGAACAGCGACCAUUGUUAGGUGGCGCGGCGGGUCAGACUCCAAAGAGACAGCCGCUGGCGCACCUCAAAGGAUCAAUUGCCGGCGUCUACUCUUUGUAUGGCGGAGCGGGCAUCUUGCUCCUGACCAAAGUGGGUGGAACCUUAUUCGACACCGUCUCCCCCGGCGCACCUUUCUACAUCAUGGCUGGAUUCAACGGUGCUCUGUUGCUGGCCGGAGUGGUGAGCGGACUGGUGAGCCGUCCUAAGGCUCGUGUUCCGAUAAGUGGCGCUUAG